AUGACGAUGACGUUCAUAAACGGCACAUCAAACGACUCUGCAAUGCCAAAAAAUAACGACGAGAAGCCACUCUUCUCUAUGGAUUUGAUUUCCCCUGAGGUUGUUGCGCAAUUACCACAAGGGUAUACACUCCGUCCUCUUCGUCGAUCGGACUAUCACAAUGGCUAUCUUGAAGUCCUUCGGGUCCUAACAACUGUUGGCGAGUUUUCUUUUGAACAAUGGAGCGAGCGGUUUGACUGGAUGGCAAAGCGGAACGAUGAGUACUACCUACUCGUUAUCUGCGAUGAGGACAAAAGAGUCGUUGGAACAGGCAGUUUGAUCGUUGAACGAAAAUUCAUUCAUACCCUCGGCCUGGUAGGGCAUAUUGAAGAUAUUGCUAUCGAGAAAAAUCAACAGGGGAAAAAGCUAGGGUUGAGGAUGAUUCAUGCCUUAGAUUAUGUCGCCGCAAAGGUCGGAUGUUACAAGAGUAUACUCGAUUGCUCUGAAGCCAACGAAGGUUUUUACAUCAAAUGCGGGUUUAAACGGGCUGGCCUCGAAAUGGCUCACUACUACAACGCCUAA